GAAAUUAGAGUCUGCCCAAUAGGACCGACUUCUUCCUUCGCUAAAGUCCGUAUUUAUAAUGUUGUAUUGCAGAAUUUUCAUGAACUGCUGAUAUAAAUAUCACUAGCUGUAUUAAAUUUCCAAAGAGUUUUUACUUGUUGUUUUUUUUGUUCAAAUGGUUGUAAAUUUGUAAUAUAAAAUUUAAAAUUGCCUUAGAAAAUAGAACACAACAUCGCCAUGAUUUCCAAUGAAAGGAAAGCCUUCCCGCUGCAAUACUAAAUCCCAAUGGUGUUAUUCCACAUUCCCGUUAAAUUUUAUUUGUUAUAUCAUGUUAAUGUCUUUUUAUUUGUCUUGUCGCCAUAUAUCAUUCCAGACGUUAGCCCGUUAGUGUGCAACAAAUGUGUGUUCUUGGACAAGCGCGAUCGCUGUCUCAGUGUGGCCAACGACGCAGCGGAAACGUGCGACGACACCACGACAACCUGUGUCACAGCAGUGGGCCUCCGGAAGGACACCACUUUCUCCCCUUCCCGAAACACUCCGGCAAUGGGCCGCCACUGCUCGUUGAACCCCACCAACGAUGCCGACAUUUUUGGCCGAUUGCCUAAAGGACAGGAAUUCAUCUGCUUUAAUAUAACGCGGGACGACUCGCUUGGCAAAGGACCCGACGGCAAGAACUAUGUUGACCGGCGGUGUUUGUGCGCCAAGGACAGGUGCAACAUUAAGAUGUGGGAUGAGAUUUAUUUGCAGCCGACUUUACUGGAGAAUUUUACCGCUAACGAUAAGCCGGUCAUUCCGACGGGGCUGGGCAGUAAUUCUCUGGCCAGUAUCAGCGCAUGGACGAACUACACAGUCAUCGGCUUACCCACCGGAAAUGGCAGCAAUCCUGACGGUUCGGGAGGAGCCUCGACCGGCGCUACCACCGCAGCCAGCGGUAACGAAACUGCAGACGGCGGUAAUUCCACAUCUGGCACGGAUUCUCGUAGCAAAUCAGCAGAAGAUGGCUCGAACACCGGAUUGAUUAUUGGAAUUGCCGUUGGCGUGUUGAUCUUGGCUACGGCCGUGGGCGGUGGCUUAUGGUACUGGUUCAAAGUACGGAAACGAAAAGCCUCCAGCGCCAGCAGUGGAGCCAGCGACAACACUGCCGGCACGGAAGUCAGCGACGACAAUGAGUGACCCAGUAGCACGCUGAAACGUCGCAUACACCGAUUGUUAGUGGCACCCUUAAUAAUGUGGCUGCACUGACAAGAUAUUUGUAUUACCACUGCAUGUAACUGCAAAGGUGCCAAAAAGAAGCCUACUGGCCGAUAGCACGUGACGGUUGUGGUUGUGUCGAUAAUACGUACGACGACUGCGGACGGAGUGUACACUCGACUGUUUCUUGUUACCGGUGUCGGUUGGUUUUUACACCUUACAAAAACCUUCAGUGGUUUUUAGAUUUUUAAUUUUUGAUACUUGUUCUUUGUUUUUAACUGCUGCAAAUGCAAGUCUGCAUUAAAGGUCACCAAAUCA